AUGACAGAAACCGAGUUUGGAACUUCUCAUAACUAUACGUUCCCAGAUAACCUGUCACUGACCUAUUUUAAUCAUCUCAGUAUGUACAUGCUGACCACGACUUGUGACUUCCACAUCAGUGUCAACAGUGCUGGAAUGUCAGUGGAUUAUAAGACAGCUAUGGGAACAAUAACAGUCAACGGUCAACAGAAGGCACAGGAGGUCAGGUGUAAACAAGGAGAUCAUCUGGAACUCAAAAUAUUACCUCAGAUGCUGAAGGGUACCCAGAGGGAAAUCUUGGAGGUCAGGAAAAAUGAGGUGACCUUGGUAUCAACCCGUCUUAUGGACAAGUCAGUGAAGGUCAAAUGUACACAUCGUCCAUCCAGCAAGAUGUUGGUCUUUACACACAAGCUGAUGGCAAUGGAAAACCCUCCAAAAAAUCAGGCACUCAAAGGUCAAAAAGGUCAACCAAUAAGUCAGCAAGAUGGUGAUGGAAAUAUUUUCAAAUGCUGUGGACCUUUUCCUACAGGUAUACACAUAGACCAAGGGGGCCAAACACAACUACAUGAUUCCUUUCCUCAGAAAUAUUGA